UACAAUUACAUUCCCCUAGUACAUAUCAAAUGGCGACAAACGUCUCGUAAUUCAGUGCUGUCAAAAUAUUAUUGGUGGCAGUUCCGUAGUUUUAACUUCAACGCGGGAUUUUUAUUUAAAAACGGGAUUUGUAGACUAUGUACGGGAUUAAAAAUAGGUUGCGGGAUAAAACGGGAUUUCUUGACCUGGAUAGCGGGACUUUUGCGUUGGCGGUGUGCGUGUAGUGGAAACACUGCUUUCAUUCUGUGUUGGGUGCAGAGAGUGAAUCACUCUAAUCAGAUUCAGAUUUUUCUCAGUAGAGUAAACCAUAAACAACUAAACAACUUAGUAACUUAGAGGUUAUGUUUGUUUUGUGUUAUUUAUUUAUUUGAAUCGAAUUCAAUGUUUUGUUUACGAGUGCGCUCUUCACUGUGUUUGAUUUGUUAGAUGAAAUAAAAAUGACUGCUAAGGCUGGUGGGGAAACAGAUCCAAUUAAAGAGGAGCGAGCAGGAAAGGUUCGGGAAGUCGGCGCUCAAGCUAUUUGGAGUCUAUCAUCAUGCAAACCAGGAUUCGGAGUGGACCAGUUGAGGGACGACUGCAUGGACACGUAUUGGCAGUCGGACGGGCAGUUGCCUCACCUGGUCAAUAUACAGUUCCGUCAGAAAACCACUGUUUCAGACAUCUGCAUCUACACGGACUAUAAACUGGACGAGAGCUAUACUCCAAGCAGGGUGUCCAUAAGAGCAGGAACGAAUUUCAACGAUCUGCAAGAGGUAGAAGUUAUCGACCUUAAUGAACCAACGGGAUGGGUUCAGAUUCCAACUGUUGAUAUUCGUGAUCGACCAAUCAGAACCUUUAUGAUUCAGAUAGCUGUCAUCAGCAAUCAUCAGAAUGGUAGAGACACGCAUAUGCGUCAGAUCAAGGUUCACUCCCCGGUAGACACAAGAUCUCUUCUCGCAAAUGACAUCGGCAACUUUGUCACCGUACAGUGUCAGCAAUUCACCACUCUGAGAUAAUUUUCACUUUCGAUUAGUUGUUAAUAUAUUUGUGUUUAUCUACCACGAUCGUGAGGAUUUAACAAAAAGGUACUGGGGCAUAGAGACGAUCACUUACUCCCUGUUACUUCAAGAUUCUCUUCAUAAACUCACUGAAUUAAGGGUAGGCCUACCUGAAUGAGGUACACAUUGUAAAAGUUACUCUUUCUUGUAAUCAAUCUUGGAAUCGUGUACUAUCUUGUCGCCAAUUUUGAUUUUUUUUAUGAGGAAAGUAUAAGAAAAGACCUGACUGGCAACAAGCUACACCAGGAGUUGAAGAAGUGGCUAAUCGCAAGACCCUUCCACUGAAUAAAGGAACUUUAUGGAAAUUAACACGUACAAUUCACUAUUGUAUUGACACUAUUGUA